CCACAGGGGAAAUCUCCAGAGGUCCCCAUCGCUCCCGCAGGCUCGGGCUUUGGAUGUUCCGUCAUGGAGUCUCUCUCAGCCGAGAGCAACGCUACAGACACACAGCCUCUGGCUCAGCCUCCCCUGGUCCUCUCCAUGGUCAUCCUCAGCCUCACCUUCCUGCUGGGGUUUCCCGGCAACGGGCUGGUGCUCUGGAUCACGGGCCUGAAGAUGCGCCGGACGGUGAACACGGUUUGGUUCCUCCACCUCACCCUGGCCGACUUUCUCUGCUGCCUCUCAUUGCCCUUCUCCCUGGCCCACCUGGCACUCCGGGAGCACUGGCCUUAUGGCUGGCUCCUGUGCAAGAUCAUCCCCUCCGUCAUCGUCCUCAACAUGUUUGCCAGCGUCUUCCUGCUGACUGCCAUCAGCCUGGACCGCUGCCUGCUGGUGCUCAAGCCCGUCUGGUGCCAGAACCACCGCAAGGUGAGGACCGCCUUGGCCACCUGUGCCUGCGUCUGGGCCUCGGCCUUCAUCAUGUGCAUACCUGUGUUCGUGUACCGCGAGACCUUUGUCGUGGGCAACCGCAGCGUCUGCAACUACAACUAUGGUGUCUUUGGUUCUCUCGAUUACCCAGACUACCAUUCUUUCCAAUUCGAUGCCACGGUGCCCGCUGCCAUGCCUAGUGCAUUUCCCACGGACCCUCCCAGAACUCCCCUGAACAACUCCGAUGCUUUGCUCUUGCCAGAUUCCCGGCCGUUGGCGCUGGACGUUGAACGUUUCUCCUACAGCACGGAGCUGCCGCAGUACUGGCAGUAUGAUUACAUGGGCCAUUCCGUGUUCGGCCACCACGUGGCCACCCCGCUGGUGGCCAUCACCCUCACGAGGCUGGUGCUGGGCUUCUUGCUGCCGGCUGGCAUCAUGGUGGUGUGCUACAGCCUCCUCGUCCUGCGCCUCCGCCAGGGCCGUUUCCACAAGUCGCGCGGCAAAACGUUGCGCGUGUCGGUGGCGGUGGUGGUGGUCUUCCUGGCGUGCUGGGCCCCGUACCACGUCGUGGGCGUCCUGUCCCUCUUCACGGACCCGGAGACGCCUUCGGGGGAAGCGCUGCUCUUCUGGGACCAUGUGUCCAUCGCGCUGGCCACGGCCAAUAGUUGCUUCAACCCCUUCCUCUAUGCCCUGCUAGGGAAGGACUUCAGGCGACAGGCACGGCAGUCCAUGCAGGGCAUCCUGGAGGCCGCGUUCAGCGAGGAGCCCACCCACACCACCAGCUGUGCCCCCAACAAAGGCGUUUCUGAAGGAAACAGCGCCAGCACAGCUGUGUGAAAAAAAUGUAGGAGUACUGACUCAUACAGCGAACCCACGAGCGUGCAAUCCCCUUCGGGAAAAGAUCCCCGGAGGUAGGAGCCGGAGGACAUCUGAGACCAGCCCGGAGUCAGGUGCACGCUUCUCCAAAACGGGGAGGCCGUUCCUUCCCACAUGUUCGAAUGACCGGUUCUGGAAUGUUCCCCCCACCCCAUCCCCUGAGCAGAUCCUCUGAGCCCGGUGUCCAGGCAAGUGCUCUG